AUGAGCUUAAAGGUGGAAGCGCUAACGAGCGAGGUGUUCGCGGCACCGGCUGUCCCGGAUAGAAAGAUGAUCACCGUUCGUCCGAUAGCAGAAUGUCUCAAGCGCAAAGCGGCGGACGAACUGAACGAACAGGAAAGCACCGUUGCGCAGGAGCUGGAAAUGAUAAAGACCUGGAUCAGACAGUCCGGCCACAUCCGUGGCCGGUUGGAGGACCAGUUUUUGCUUGGGUUUUUACGCUCCUGCAAGCACAGCCUCGAGCGGGUGAAGGAAAAGCUGGACACGUACUACACGAUCCGGUCCGUACUGCCGGAGGUGAUGCGCCACCGCGAUCCGCUCGAUCCGUUCGUCCGGAAGGUCAUCAAAAUGGGUGUAACGGUGCCCUUGCCGAGCACGGUACACCCGGACGAUCCGAAGAUCAUACUGAUACGGGGCGAUGCGUUCGACGGUGACGUGUGUGACUUCCCGGACAUUCUGAAGGUGUUUACGAUGAUCGGUGACAUACUGCUGCGGGACGACGAUCAGAUGAUGAUCUGCGGCCAGGCGGCAAUCAUCGAUCUCGGCCACUCGUCCAGCAGCCAUCUGUUCAACUUCAACCUUUCGUUCCUGCGCAAAGCGUCCAUCCUGAACCAGCAGGCGUCACCCCUGCGCCAGAAGGGAUUCCACUUUAUCAACACGCCGAAAAGCUUCGACAUCGUGCUGAACAUCUUCAAGGGGCUGAUGACGGAGAAGAAUCGCAAACGCACGAUCGUAUCGCACGGUUCCAGCCUGGAGUCGCUGCACAAGUACUUCCCCAGGUCGAUACUUCCGGCCGAGCUGGGCGGAAAGCUCGGCCCGGUUCAACAGUUUGUGGACGAAUGGGAACAGAGGCUGGUUGACAACCGGGCGUACCUGAUCGAGGAGGAAUCGCUCGGUGUGGAUGAGAGCCGGCGCAGAACCACAAACCCGCUAGCGGAGGAGAAGGAUCUGUUCGGGACGGCAGGAACGUUCCGGAAGCUAGAGUUUGAUUGA